UUCCCAUUAGCAUAUCCGUAUCUGCCGGAAACCAAUCCUUUGAUUAGCUUACAUACAAUCUUCACUUUUUUUAGUAAACCAUUUACCUGGUUCUUCUCCACCUUCUCAUUAUCUUUGACAUCCAUUAGUGAACACAUGAUUGUUUCAAAAAAUUUGAUCUUUUUUUUUCCCAUUUGAUGAACCUUCAUACAAUUCAAAGAUGACAAAUUAUUCAUCCCAAAAAAUCUGAAAUAUAUAUUAUAAAAGGAUAAGGAUUCUUUGAUUUGUCAAAAGAAGUGGAACUCCAAGAUUUAUAAAAAAGGGGAAAAAAAUGGAUUCACCGCCAAGGACGCCAUGUGAUAGUGGACGUCCAUCCUCUGGAUCAUCUUUAAUGGAAAAUCUUUUAGGUUUAUUGAGAGUGAAGAUAAUUAGAGGGAUAAAUCUUGCUAUUCGAGAUGUUCGAACAAGCGAUCCUUACGUGGUCAUCAAGAUGGGAAAACAGAAACUGAAGACUCGUGUAAUCAAGAAAGACGUGAAUCCUGAAUGGAAUGAAGAUCUCACCCUUUCUGUUUCAGACCCCAAUUUACCUAUUCAGUUGACUGUUUAUGAUCAUGACAUGUUUAGUAAAGAUGAUAAAAUGGGAGAAGCAGAAUUCGACAUCAGUCCUUUUAUCGAUGCCUUGAAGAUGAACUUGGAUAGCCUUCCAAGUGGUACACUAAUAUCAAGAGUUCAACCUUGUAGAAAGAAUUGCUUGGCUGAAGAAAGUAAAAUUAUGUGGACAGAAUCAAGGGUAAUUCAAAAUAUUUGCUUGAGACUAAAAAAUGUUGAAUGUGGGGAAGUUGAACUUCAAUUACAAUGGAUUGAUCUACCAGGUUGUAAAGGAUUAUAGGCAUUAACAUAUUGCCUUUAUUUAUAUUGCUCUCUGUUUUUUCUUUAUUUUAUUACAAUAUAUGAAGAUUUUACAAAAGUUAUAUAUCAGUUAACAUUAUAACCUAGCUCUAUGCAGUGGUGGAUUCAAGGGGGGGCCUACUUAGGUCAUGGCCCACCUCAUGAUUUUAGUUCUUUACUAGUAUUAGAUGUUACAAACACUUACAUACAAACGUGGUAGUUCAGUUGGUAUUAACGUGCCUUUGUUGUGGUGA